AACUUAUUUCACUCGUACUCUGACUGAAAAACUUUGCAUUUUUUGCUCCAUAAGUUGUGUCGUUUCUCAUCCUCUGAGCCCUGCAGAGAAUCCCAGUUUCUUAGUUUAGCUAAGAAUAAAUAUGGGGAAGGGGGAGAAUCCAUGUCCUCUGCCUUUGUUGUCUCUGAAUCAUGUCUCACUGGUGUGUAAGUCUGUUGAAUCUUCCUCUCGAUUCUACAAGGAUGUUCUUGGAUUUCAGCUUAUCAAGAGGCCUUCCUCAUUCGAUUUCGAAGGAGCUUGGUUGUUCAACUAUGGAGUGGGUAUACACCUAUUGCAGUGCAAUUCUGUUGACGAUCUCCCAAAGAAAACUGAGAUCAAUCCGAGAGAUAACCAUAUCUCCUUUCAGUGUAGUGAUAUUGGUAUUGUGGAGAGAAGAUUAGAAGACAUCAAAAUGAAAUAUGAGAAGAGAGUUGUGAAGGAAGGAGGGGUAUAUGUGGACCAAAUUUUCUUCCAUGAUCCAGAUGGUUACAUGAUAGAGAUCUGCAACUGCCAUGUCCUUCCAAUUGUUCCACUGACUGAAUGCCAGGCUCCUCCUGCUACUCGAUCAAAAUUUUCAUGGCUGAAAUCCACAUCCCAAAAAGAAAGAAAAGAAAGUUUCUCAGAAAUCUGCCCAGUUGCAAUAAAUUCUAACCCAGACCAAGUAGAGCUCUCUGCUUUCAAAAAGGGUGUCGAAUCAACCAAAAAUGAGCGAAGCUGCCCGUAUGAAGCACUGGAAGAUGAGAAACCUCUUUUCCUUGACAUCAUGAAUUUCUACCUUUGAAACUAUGGCUUAAAUUCAGCAAUUCUCUGCUCAUCCAUGGAAGAGAAUUUAUAAAUUCAUUGUGUCUGUAGAUCUUUGGGGAAGCUUUCCAAGUCGUCUAUUUUGAUAAUAUUGCAUUAUAUCUCUUAUACACAAUAAGGAGCUUUAUGCGUGGUUGCCAAUACUACACUGUUUGCACUGAAUCAGUAAAGUUUGUAUCAGUGUAAACAGUUGAUUUGAGGAUUAUUCAUGGCUGCAUAUGGUAACAAUAAGGCAGCAAGAGUCUGUCGUAUAGUAAGUACAAUAUAGAAGUGGAACAACAAGUGUGUAUUAAACUCUGCCUUCUGAGUUUUUCCUGUCAUAUUAUUGACAUUCUAAAUAAAUGCAUGAUUUGAACA